UACUGUGCCCUUAAAUGGCGUCUGCACUCCUUACUGUAAGGGCCUACCCCGCGGGCGGUGACCCUCUCCCUCCGCCGAACUUGAAGUCGACCGCACAGACAACGCUAUGGCGUGGGGGGCUUUUACGCAGAGAUGCCGUCUUAUUUUCUGACCAGCGAAGAAAAUUCACAAGACCUUAAUUAAGAGAGAUGUCGUAGGGUCGAUAUGAAUCAAGUGUGUUAUGAAGCGUCUUCCUCGAACAUAACUGUUUACAUGUUGAAACUUAAAUGUCUCUCUUAGCUUGUUUCUAACUUUAGUGAAUGAUUUAAAACAUUUGGAUCAGUAUAGACAAAUAGUUUACGUAGAAAAAACGUUUUUGGAGCUAAUGCAUUUUUAUAAGAGAAAUCUGUCCAUUUCUGCUGUUGGUCACGUGACCCACGCCUCCCCAGAAUGGAUGGAGUUGGCUCUCCACGUCAGCUUACGUCUCAAAAUUUCUGCCUAGCGAACCAGCUUCAAAGAGGCACGAGCCAGGGCGCUCCAGAGCCAUGUUAAGGGCGGCUAUAGAGGCAUGACCCAGAUUGUGGUAGAGUGAAGGAAUUAUGGAUUUUGACGAGCUGGUCCCUGUCGGUUCGAACAUGUAUUUGCCCAGUUGCACCUACUACGUCUCGGCGGGGGCAGACUUCUCCGGUCUACCCUCAUUUCUGUCCCAGACCCCGUCUACUCGCCCCAUAACAUAUUCGUACUCCUCUAACCUGCCGCAAGUCCAGCCUGUGAGAGAGGUGACGUUCAGGGACUAUGCUGCCAUUGACGCGUCUGGUAAAUGGACACAUCGGGGGAACCUGCCCCAGUGCUACCCCACUACGGAGGACAUGGUUCACCGGGACUGUUUGUCGUCGCAGCCCACCAUGGGGGAAAUGUUUGCCAAAAACAACCCUGCCGCGUACCACCACCACUCCGGCGCGGGCUCUGCAGCGUCCAAUUUCUACGGAAACGUUGGCAGGAAUGGGGUGCUGCCCCAAGCCUUCGACCAGUUUUUCGAGACAGCAUAUGGCAACGCCUCGGAAACGCCGUCGUCUAACGACUAUUCAGGGAACACAACGGCCACGAAACAAACAAACUCCGUGGCAGAGCACGCUCCACGGUGCCGGGAUACUGAGGGGAAGGAGCCACGCGAGGAGACCAGCAGUCCAGAGUCCUCUUCCGGCAACAAUGAGGAGAAAUCGAGCAGCAGCAGCAGCAGUGGACAGAGGACUCGUAAAAAAAGAUGUCCUUAUACAAAAUAUCAGAUCCGAGAACUGGAGAGGGAGUUCUUUUUCAGUGUAUAUAUCAACAAAGAGAAGAGACUGCAGCUCUCUCGUAUGCUGAACCUCACCGACCGCCAAGUGAAAAUCUGGUUUCAGAACCGAAGAAUGAAGGAAAAGAAAUUAAGCAGGGACAGGUUACAUUAUUACACCACGAACCCGCUGCUUUAGGAGUGACUUGCCAUAUGCGUUUACAGACUUAUUGACUCGCAGUGGUUUCUUAUCCCUGACGUUUGUGGCAGCAGUAGCAACAACACAACAACACAACAACAACAAUGUCUGCAGCUGCAACACGAUGCUCAACUGUUAAUUUCAAGUUCGAGGACAGGUAGCAGAAUCUCUCCUGAUUUCCAACAGUUUGAGAACCAGCAUGAUUUAAGUUGACACACUGACGGCAUUUUGGCCAUCAGACUUUGUUUUAAAUAUAUUUCUGCGGAUUUUGUCCUCACCAAGACUGUGUUUCUUGUGUAUCCUAAUAAUAUUGUGCCACAAUAGGUAUAUUGCCUUCAUUUUCGCCUCACAGCGCGGAAAGCCUUACCAGUCAAACAAUGACUGAGUCGGGUUAAUUUUGUAAUCGAAAAGCCUCUGGUAAAUGAAGUUUUCUGUUAGUAUAAUCGUACGGGUGGUGACGUGGUAUAGGUUUUUUGUUGGCAGACAAUAUGUGCUGUUGUGCUUUUCAUAAAUGAGGCUAUGACUUUAAUUCAUUAAUUGGUGUGACCAAAUAAUGAGACUUGGAAGAGCGCGAUUGUACAUUGUCUCUGUUCGUAAGGUUGUUUAUUUUGCAGCCACUGAUUUUCUAUCACUUUUAAAUACCAGCUGCGAAGCUCUAUCAACAAAAUAAUAAGGACCCGGUGUUAAAUGGUGUUGACCCCAAACCGUGACUAGGCCAUUGUAAUAGUUACAACACAACACAUGUAGUAACAUCUGUUUAUAUUUUGUAUACUUGAUUACCACACCUAAUUUGGCUUUGAAUUUGAUGUUAAUGCACGGACAAACCCAAUGAGGAGAAUAUUAACCCUAUACAGACAGAACCUGAUAUAAGCUUGUUCAGCCUCAUUGUAGACUACGAAUUGUUGCAUUACGACACGCCUGUUGUUAAUAUAGGUAGUGUACGCAACAAGGCCGCAGUCUUUCGAUACCCAGAUUCAGCCAAUAUGCAUCCAGGUUUUGUUCAAAUAGGACGAAAUAUUUGUUUCUAUUAUUCACAUGUCUUCUUGUUUUCUGUUGCAGUAACAUGAACGUGAAAAGCGUUUUGAAAUAUAUUGUCAGGGACAUAAUCUUGGAUCAACUGCUUGGUAUGCCCCAAAUAUUCUGUAUUAUCCUAUAUUUCGAAAUUAAAAAUGAAAA